UGCUGUACACACCAGGAAGAUGUUCAGGGGUUUUAAAUGGGCAUCAUUGUAGUUAGAGCUGGUUUAAGUGAAACUAAACUCCAUUUGUACACCCAGAGACCCACCACAAACGGCAGAUAACUUUCACCAAAUCCAUCUUGAGCAGGUUUUCCAUCUUUUCCCCGAAAGUAUUGAUAAACAGAAGCGCAGCAGCUGGCAGUAACACAAUGGGGAUCACCAAGCUGGCAGAUUUGAUCCGGCUAGCGUCUCCCUGUGCUAUUUCUCAUAAGGACAUCAGUGACUACACAGGAAAAGUAAUCGCACUCGAUACCUCUAUUGUUGUGAACCAGUUCCGUGCAGCGACGCCUUCACUAAGCCCACUGACUGGUCUCUUCUUCCGCACGCUCACCUUCCUGGAACAUGACAUAAAGCCAGUCUUUGUGUUUGAUGGGAAGCCUCCCGGGGAGAAGACGCCUGUUCUGGAGAAGCGAGCUGAGGCAGCUGGUUGGAGGUCUCCAAACCGCACAGGCACAGCAUCAUCCCAGACCAGAGAUUGUCUCCAGCUGCUGAAGCUGCUGGGUGUACCUGUCAUCCAGGCUCCAGGGGAUGCUGAGGCACUGUGUGCCUGCCUGGUGAGAGAGGGGACUGUGGACGCUGUGGCGUCAGAGGACAUGGACACUCUGCCAUUUGGGGCCAAUAUUCUCAUUCGCCAGCUGAAUGCAAAGAGGGACAGUGAAGUUGUUGAAUAUUCUUUACCCAAGUUGUUAGAGAAACUCCAAAUUAGUCACAAGGAGUUUGUUGACCUGUGUAUUCUGUUGGGCUGUGACUACUGUGACAAGAUUCCCGGUUUGGGUCCAAAGAGAGCUCUGGCACUGAUCCAGAAGCACCGUACUAUUGAGGAUGUGGUUUUGCAUAUCAACAGACAGACCCAUCCUAUGCCACAUUUCUGGAAAUACAAAGAAGCACGGAAGAUAUUCUUGGAUCCACCACAUACAGAAGCUCCUGAACUCACCUGGUCUGAGCCCGAUGAAGAAGCCUUGGUUAAGCUCCUCUGUCACGUCAAAUAUGUCAAGGAGGACAGGGUCCGUCGACGGAUGGAAAAGUUCCGUCAGAUGCGGGAAAGUAGGCGAGAGGAGCGGGAAAAGGAGACGGCAGCAGGACGUUCCAGGCAGACUCGCAUGGAGGACUUCUUUAGAGUUACCAGAAAGAGGGAGAAGCCUGUGGAAGCUGCAGACUCUUCAAGCAGUGACAGAAAGAGACCAAAGUCAAAAUAAGGCCGCCACCAUCUCUCCCUUCACCGUCAAAGUUGGAAGUUGUUGUCAACAUUGUCUGCCUGUCAAGUCAUCUCAAACAAUUAUGAAAAAAAAAACCCAGACAAAUCUGUCAUAGUAAUCUUGGAUUUCUGACAUGAGAAUAUUUUUUUAACAAGUCUGUGAUGAUGAGAAAGUCUAGAUCAUCAACAUCAAGAUCAAAUCAUCAACAACCAUGUCAGUGAUUGUCGAUGGUAUUCCAUGUGUUUUUAUUUUAUUUUCUGUAAUACCAAUAAUCAACACAUUUCAGAGGCAGCAGAUUUACAUGUUGAAUCAUGGCUUUGCAUUGGUAAAAGAUGGGUCUUUUCCAAGUGCCUUCUAGUCACCGCUCAAUUUAGAAAAAGACAAAACAAGCGUCUUGCAAGACACUGACUUCAAGUCUUUGUCUUUGCUUGGGAGCUCUCACUAACAAUGCAAUAAUCUGAUCUCGUCUUAGCAGCAGUGUCUGCAACAAUGCAGUUCACUGAGCAGUUCUACAGUUUAUCCAGCAGUUUCCCGCAGAGCUACCAAGAAAAAAGCAGGCGUUGGACGGCUAUGAAAGAGAACAGUGUGAUCACUGUCAGGGUGGCCUUCCCCCAAGCCAGAACUGCAGACAGGGGAUGUCUCAUCACUAGAUAUUCAAUGAGCACCUGUUGUGUAAAUGGUGCCAAGUCAGCGACCAAAGACUUGAAUUUUAAAACAUGCACCACAAAGUGCAAUCAUGUGAAAAAGAGAAAGUGAGAUGUUUAAAUCCAUAUGAAAAAAAAACUUUGUAUUUUGAAAAUACAGAAUAUGUUUUAUAUUUUUGUUUUAUAUGUAAUACUGUUGUGUUUU